CUUCCGGUCUCAGGGCACUCUAACAGUUGCCAUGGUGAUAUACGCUGCAGUCUUCCUCCUGGGGUCCGUCGUCCAAGCCCAACAGGGCCUGUACAAAGUGUGGUUCGAGGGUGUCACGCCCUGCGGUAGUGGACUGGACAGUCUGGUGGACGUCUCUUCUAUCAAGGCGUCCCACUACAAUCGCACUACCCUAACCAUCCAAGGGAACCUCAAUAUGCUGCAGACCGUCGAUGAAAAGACAAAAAUGAGACUAAUCGCCCUUUCAAAGAACAGUCACGGCACGUGGACCAAGUCGAUGGUGGACACCAACGUAGUGACAGUCUGUGAGUUCAUCAAGACUUACGACCAUCUAAUACGUUAUGUUACAGAUGAGACUAAUCGCCUUUUCAAAGAACAGUCACGGCACGUGGACCAAGUCGAUGGUGGACACCAACGUAGUGACAGUCUUCACGGCACGUGGACCAAGUCGAUGGUGGACACCAACGUAGUGACAGUCUGUGAGUUCAUCAAGACUGACGACCAGCUAAUACGUUAUGUUACAGAUGAGACUAAUCGCAUUUCAAAGAACAGUCACGGCACGUGGGACCAAGUCGAUGGUGGACACCAACGUAGUGACAGUCUAUGA